AUGCUUAGCUGGGUAGCGAAAGUUGUUCCCCAGCCCCCUGAGGAGCCAAGAAAGCUAGGAGAGGAGAAUAAAGGCAAUAAACCUCAAGAACAAGAAACAAAAGCAUCAGUCAAAGACGAAGUGGAAAAAGAAAUCAGCAAGCCUGCUAAACUAAAAGGGGAUGCGGUAUCUGAACACAACAGUAAUACUCAGAGUGGGGUACUGAGAGGGCAGUCCCAAGGUUUUGCCAGUGCCCUCCCCAAGCCUGUAACCUCUCCCAAUCUAAGCAGGACAAAUGUUGACUGCAAGAUACAUAAGAAAGGGGUGAUGAAUUGGAUUGUGCAGGGGUUAGGCAAAAUGGUUCCACAGCUUGAGAACAAACAACUCACAGAACCAAAGGAGGUUCCUGAGGUCGAUCUGAUGGUUCACAGAUAUAUGAUGGUGUUACAGGUGGAAGGAUCGAAGGUAAAAGAUGCUAAAGAUCAAGCAGCUGUCCCUGUGGUGGAAGUGGUUUCUGGUGAAGAGACCCUUAGAGUGGUCGGUUGGAUGAAGCAGGGUUUGGAGAAUGUGGUUCUCCAGCCAGGAAACCCUCCAGCCAGCCCAGAACCUUCUGCUAAGAAGGAAUCUCCACAACCAACAGAGGCACCUCCACCCUCAAAAGCUGAGGCACCUAAAGUAGAGGAUGGGGCCAAAGGCACAAAGGCAAUGGGGUGGAUAAUGCAGAGUUUUGAUAAGGUAGUACCCCAGCCUCCAUUCUGUCCAGAGCCUCAAACUAAGAAGGAGAAGGAGAUCCCUGGCCCAGAACCACUUCCUCAACCAACACAAGCUGAGACACCCAAAGUAGAAGAAGAGCUCAAAGGCAAAAGCAUGGAAGAAGAAUCCAGCAUGGUUGGUUGGAUCAUGCAGGGAUUCGGCCGUUUUAUGCCACAGCCUGUCCACAAACCAAAAAUGGAGGCCUUGGAUACAGUUCAAAGCACCUGCAUUCUGCAGGAAGCAUCGGACAUGGUGCUGGAGGCAGUGGACACAGGGUGGGACAGCCAGCACUCCAAGCAAGAAGCUGAUGAUGUCACCAUGGGCACCAAGAAGGACAGGCUGGAGCAGGAGUAUCUGGAGGCAGCACAGCUAGCUGAGGAACUGGCCAUCCAGGCCACCAAGGUCGCAGUCAAGCAGCCAGAGGAGCAGAGCACACACAGAGCCAGGGAACAUGAAGUGUCUGAAGCAGGCAAUGAAGAGCGCUGCCCUACAGUGUCUGGCCUAUCAUACAGGUUACAGUCACUGCAUGAGGGGAGGGAGGUGGGCAUUGGUUAUAGGAAAGCCCAUGACCUCUACCGGAGUGUGGGCAUUGCUGAGAGUCUUCCAUCGAACAAGCCUGAGAUUCUAGCUGUGAUCACAGAGUCCCAAACUGAAUUUAUCCAGAGAAAAGAGGCAUGUGAAGAGGCAGGUGGAGCGCUGGAUUCCUCGACUCCCUCAUAUCCUCUCAGUAGCUACAACCAUCUGCUGAAGGGGAGCAGCUUUGCCUCUUCCAAUCUGGCCUUGCUUUGCCAGGAGCUGACGCAGGUCCCAAAGCAGGCCCGCCAGUGCUCCUGCAUCUCAGUGGCCUUAAGCCCCUCGAGGGUUGAAGAUGCAUCCUCUGCCAUUGCACCCCAAAUCAUUGAACCCCAAGAGUACAUCAGGAAAACAAACCAGCCAGGAGACCAAGCAUUGGGCCUGAAGGAGGAGGAUCUGCCCAUCCAGCCUGGUCUCCUCAAUGCAAAUCGGGAGGACUCUGAGUGGCCUCUCUCUGCAGCUAGCCAGACGAGUGUCAUCGUGAGCAAGCGUCUGCAGGAGCUGGUGAAGCUGUUCAAGGAACGAACAGAACGAACUAAAGAGAGACUUGUUGACCCAGAUGAGUCUGAGGAGGAGAGCCCCUCACGUGAGUCACCUGCCAAAAAAGCUGGAGCUGCCCCGCCGCUAUCCCCUCCUCCCCCUGAGGAGAAGAGCAAUUCUAAAGCUGAUGGCAAGGACGAUGAAGAACAGUUCUUUGAGUUCAUGGGCUAUAUGGUGAAGGUGCCCAAAAUACCUGCGAUGCCAGGCUGGAUGCAAGCUAUAAUGGUGUAUCGCUUCCCUUCCAGCAUUGAUCCCUACACUGAUAUGACCUAUGUCAUUUGGCUGUUCAUCGUGACAUGUGCGUGGAACUGGAACGUGUGGUUGAUCCCUGUCCGCUGGGUGUUCCCAUACCAGACUCCAGAGAACAUCCACCUGUGGCUGCUGGUGGACUAUCUGUGUGACACAAUCUACAUCCUGGAUAUUCUUGUCUUCCAGCCACGGCUGCAGUUUGUACGAGGGGGGGAUAUUGUGUGUGAUAAAAAGGAUAUGAGAGUACAUUACAUGAAAACUCAACGAUUUAAGAUGGAUUUGAUCAGUCUCUUCCCCUUGGACAUCCUGUACUAUUUCACCGGAGUGAAAUCUGUUUUGCGCUUUCCUCGCCUUCUAAAGUAUAUGGCAUUCUUUGAAUUCAAUGAUCGUCUGGAGGCUGUGAUGAAAAAAGCCUACAUUUACAGAGUCAUCCGGACAUCUGCAUAUCUGAUUUACUCUCUGCACUGCAAUGCCUGUAUGUUCUAUUGGGGAUCUGAUUAUGAAGGUCUGGGCUCCACUAAAUGGGUCUAUGAUGGCAGAGGCAACAGUUAUAUCCGCUGCUACUACUUUGCUGUAAAAACCCUGAUCACCAUUGGAGGUUUGCCAGAUCCCACCACUGUCUUUGAAAUUGUGUUUCAAAUGGUCAAUUACUUCGUGGGAGUCUUUGCUUUCUCAAUCAUGAUUGGUCAGAUGAGAGAUGUUGUUGGAGCUGCCACUGCAGGACAGGCUUACUACAGGUCAUGUGUGGACAGCACAGUGAGCUACAUGACAUCCUACCGUAUCCCUCGUGAGAUUCAAAACCGGGUCAAAAUCUGGUAUGAUUACACGUGGCAGUCCCAAGGCAUGCUGGAUGAGCAAGAGUUACUCAGGCAACUACCUGAUAAGAUGCGUCUGGACAUUGCAGUGGAUGUGAAUUAUGCCAUUGUCAGCAAAGUAGCUCUUUUUCAAGGUUGUGACAGACAAAUGAUUUUUGACAUGUUAAAGAGGCUGAAGUCUGUGGUGUACCUCCCAGGAGACUACGUCUGCAAGAAGGGCGAGAUUGGCAGGGAGAUGUACAUCAUCAAAGCCGGAGAGGUGCAAGUUGUUGGAGGCCCAGACGGGAAGACUGUGUUUGUGACCUUGCGAGCAGGUUCCGUGUUUGGAGAAAUCAGCUUGCUGGCAGUCGGAGGGGGGAAUAGACGCACAGCUAAUGUUGUGGCUCAUGGCUUCGCUAACCUCUUCAUCCUGGAUAAGAAGGACCUAGCGGAGAUCCUGGUGCACUACCCUGAAUCCCAGAAACUACUGCGCAAGAAGGCCAAGAAGAUGCUGACAAAGGAUAAAAAGCCUCCAGAAGAAAAGGGAGUGGUUCAGGAACCUAGCCAGGUCAUCAUAACACGACCCGAGACUCCCAAGCUCUUCAAGGCUGCCCUGAUGGUGGCCAAAGGAGAGACUUUUGCCAAGCUGAAGGAGACCUACAAGAGCAGUGAAGCACAGCAGCAUGGAGAGGAGAUUCUAUAUGUGGGGUUGGGUCCUGGAGAGGAAGAGGAUGGCGAGGCUAAGGAAACAGAAGAAAGACACGUCUUAACAGCUAACAAUGGGAGAGGAAGGAGGGAGAGGGGGCUGGGAAAUAUUCUUGGUCCUAUCCCUAAUGAGCAAGCCAGAGGCAACAGUGGCAGGAAGAGCUCCCUGGAUAGAAUUAAGGAAGGAACCUUGAGGAAAAGGCUCAAGCGGGAACUCAUCAUCCUUAGGCGGCCCAUCCAAUAA